AUGGUACAGCAAUGGCAACUCAACGGUUUGCAAUUAGCAUUGAUGGUCAGCUAUUUAUGUGGAAUAUUAGCUUCGACUGGUCCGGUAGUGAAAAUUGAAAAUGGCCCUAUAAUCGGUGAGAACCGUGGAGAAUACUACGCGUUCGAAGGUAUUCCCUAUGCGAAACCACCCAUCGGUGAUCGUCGAUUUUCUGCGCCGAUACUUAAUGACGAAACAUGGAGUGAGCCACUAAACGCAUCCAGCUUAGGGUCGUUCUGUAUGCAAUGGAGCCACACGAUCCCGGGAAAGGAUAAGCUGUUCGGAGAGGAAGACUGUCUGUAUUUGAACGUCUAUACUACCUCACUCGACGAAACGACCGGCUUGUCAACGCUGUUUUACAUCCAUGGCGGUGCUUUUAUGUUCGGUGGUGGAGGAUUCUUUUCACCUAAGCAUGUCCUCACCAAAUCGAUGAUCAUGGUCACGUUUAACUACCGUGUUGGUCCACUCGGAUUUCUCAGCACUGAAGACGAUGUGAUACCGGGCAAUUUUGGGCUAAAAGAUCAGGUAACGGCACUACAUUGGGUAAAGCGUAACAUCCAUCAUUUCGGCGGUGAUCCGAACCGGGUCACUCUGGCAGGCUUUUCUGCUGGGGGUGCAAGUGUGCAUCUGCAUUACCUGUCUCCAAUGUCGCGUGGGCUGUUCCAAAACGGAAUUGCCCACAGUGGUACCGCUCUGAAUCCGUGGGUGAUGGCUGAAGAUUCCGCUAGCAAAGCCCAACUAAUUGCCAAAGGUGUAGGUUGUUCGGUAGACCAAACGAGUCAAUCCAUACUUUCAUGUUUACGUGACCGACCAGCUGAAGAUAUCGUUCGACAGGUGCCUUUCUUACUGGAUUACCUAUACAAUCCAUUCUCACCGCUCGGUGUAGUGAUCGAGAAGCAAAGCAAACUCAAUCGCCGCCCAUUUCUAGUCGAGCAUCCGGCGGUGUUAUCAAGAAAGGGAAAAUUAACCAAAGUCCCGCUUAUACUGUCCGUCACACAAGCCGAAGGUUUAUAUCCGGGUGCGGAGUUUAUAAGCCAACCAGAAUAUCUUCAAGACAUAGACUCACGCUGGUAUGACCUACUGCCAAGUAUUUUGGACUACAAAACAGCCGUUCCUGACGUUAAAAAGCGAGAUGAGCUAUCUAAAGCCAUUAGCGAACGUUACUUCGGUAAAGAACGCAAGCUUUCGCUAGAUAAUUUUCGUGAUUUUGUGUCGAUUCUAUCGAACCGCUUAUUUUUUGCGGGUGUUACAAAAACCGCAAAACUCCUGCAACCUCACCUUCCCGUUUACUUUUAUUAUUACAACUUCAAGGCGGCAUACGGUAUCGGAGAGUUAUUUUCGGGGUCGAUGGAAAACUACGGUGUCGCUCAUGGUGACGACGUUCUGCUGGUAUUCCCUUCCAGUAUGCGGGACAAUCACCCGCUGAAUAAGGAUGAAAUGCGUAUGGUUUCAAACUAUGUAAACCUAUACGAUACAUUCUCGCAAGGACUAAAGCCUAAAUAUGGUGCUUAUGUGCUUCCGGUGCAAAACAUUACCGGGAAGCUGCAAUACAUAGAAGUGAACGAACCGGAUUGUGCGACAUGCGGAUUAGUGCAGACGGCAUAUGGUGUAAGCGAUGAACAGUUUUGGGACACGCUGGACUUCAACGAUGAACCAUCUCAAAAAGUUCUUCAUAGCCAGCAUCACAUUGAACUGUGA